AUGGAAGUCAAUGCACCAGGCACCGGCUCGUCGUUACAUCUUUCAGCAAAAAAUGAAUUUCUCAUCGGUGGUAAAUACCGUCUCGUUCGUAAAAUCGGUUCGGGUUCAUUUGGAGACAUUUAUCUUGGCAUAAACAUCACAAAUGGUGAAGAAGUCGCAAUCAAACUUGAAUCAGUCAAAGCACGCCAUCCUCAAUUAUUGUAUGAAUCAAAAUUAUACAAAAUUCUGCAAGGUGGAAUCGGCAUUCCACAUAUUCGAUACUAUGCCCAAGAGAAAGAUUACAAUGUUCUGGUUAUGGAUCUACUUGGACCAUCACUUGAAGAUCUCUUUAAUUUCUGUUCCCGACGAUUUACGAUGAAAACUGUACUAAUGCUUGCUGAUCAAAUGAUUGGUCGAAUUGAAUUUGUGCAUAACAAAAACUUUAUACAUCGAGAUAUUAAACCCGAUAAUUUCCUAAUGGGUAUUGGACGACACUGUAAUAAGGUGUUCUUGAUUGAUUUUGGUCUAGCAAAGAAAUAUCGUGACAAUCGAACUCGACAACACAUUCCCUAUCGAGAAGAUAAAAACUUAACUGGUACAGCGCGUUAUGCAUCUAUCAAUGCCCAUCUUGGUAUUGAACAAAGUCGUCGUGAUGAUAUGGAAUCGUUAGGUUAUGUUUUGAUGUAUUUUAAUCGUGGUUCAUUACCAUGGCAAGGUCUUAAAGCAGCAACUAAAAAACAAAAAUACGAAAAAAUAUCCGAGAAAAAAAUGUCAACUCCUGUCGAAAUUCUCUGCAAAGGAUUUCCAGCCGAAUUUGCUAUGUAUCUAAAUUAUUGUCGAGGUCUUCGUUUUGAAGAAGCACCCGAUUACAUGUAUUUACGUCAAUUGUUUCGCAUUUUGUUUCGAACAUUAAACCAUCAAUAUGAUUAUACAUUUGAUUGGACGAUGCUCAAACAAAAAGCAGCCAAUGCGGCAUCCUCAACUACGACUGCAGCAACUGCUACAGCUGGUAAUACCGCGGCAGCAACUGCCGGUACAACAACUGUAGCACAAGCAUCUUCAAGCGCGCAAAUGGCGAUGAUAAAUACGGGCAAUAAUGGACCGACAUCAGACAUACCAAAAACAAAUAACAAUGAAUAG